AUGCUGAAAAAAAUUCGAAAGCAGUUUGUAAAGUUCGACAUCGAUAGAUCGGGGACGAUCGACCGCGAGGAGCUGUGCGCGGUCGUCGGUAUCGACCGUCGGAGCCUUUGGACGCGAAAGCUGCUGGACUUUUUCGACACGGAUGGCGAUGCCCAAGUGAGCUUUGAAGAGUUCAUUUCCACACUCGGGAUACUCGGCGCGCGAGUGGACAAGUACGCGAGUGGACACGGGCGAGGACACAGAAUUCCGAAAGAGGUGUUUUUCAUAGUCGCUCUUUUGGAUCUCGAUGGCGAUGGUGAGUUGAACCGCGGGGAGUUAGCGCCGGUGCUU